UGCCGGUAGGGCGUGACCGUUUCUGACCGCCGCAACCGCCUCGGCCCCGCCGGAACCCCGCAGCAGCUGCCCGGGCCUUGUCAGUGUCAGUGUCAGUAUCAGUGUCUGUGUCAGUAUCACCGUCAGUGUCAGUGUCAGUGUGAGCGAUGGUGCUGUGCCCGGUGAUCAAGAAGCUCGUCAGCAAGCGCGUGGUGCUGGCCAGUGCCUCCCCCCGGAGACAGGAGAUCCUGAACUGCGCCGGCCUGAGGUUCGAGGUGGUGCCAUCCAGAUUUAAAGAGACUCUAGACAAGUCUUCAUUUGCAAUGCCUUACGAGUAUGCCGUGGAAACAGCAAAACAAAAGGCCCUCGAUGUGGCAAACAGGAUGAAUGUGAAAGACUUUAGACCUCCAGACGUUGUCAUAGGAGCAGACACUAUUGUGACGGUGGACGGACUGAUCCUGGAGAAGCCAGCUGAUAAGCAAGAUGCCUAUAACAUGCUUUCAAGGUUAAAUGGAAAAAUACACAGUGUGUUUACUGGAGUAGCAAUCGUUCAUUGCAGCAGUAAAGAUAAGCAGCUAGAAACAGAAGUCUUUGAAUUCUAUGAGGAAACCAAAGUUAAAUUUUCUGACCUGUCGGAGGAGCUUUUAUGGGAAUACAUUCAUAGUGGAGAACCCAUGGACAAAGCUGGUGGCUAUGGCAUACAGGCCCUUGGGGGCAUGUUAGUUGAGUAUGUCCAUGGAGACUUUUUGAAUGUGGUAGGGUUCCCACUGAACCACUUUUGCAAAAAGUUGAUGGAAUUGUAUUAUCCACCCCCUAAAGAUGCGAUACAUCAUGAAAAGCAUGACUCAAUCCCUUCAGUAGAAACCUUUGAAGUGCUAAGCGAUGAAGAAUACGGCAAUUCAAAUUCUACUCAACGAAAUGUGACCAACAAGCUAGAAGGUGACGAUGCAUUCUCUUCUGGAGCUACCGGGAGCCUAGGAAAGAAAGAAGUAGGCCAACGCGUGAUGGGAGAGUCUGUGGUGAAAUGCAGAGGGGACGCGGAAAACCUGACUAAAUUUCCAUCUGCUCUUAUAGAGCUUUUGGAUGGCUUUAAAGCUUCAAAGGCAAUGUUUGUGGCCUGUAAGCUAAAGGUAUUUGAUCUGCUUAAAGGCAAAGUCCUUCUGAAGGCCAAAGAUGUUGCUGACCACAUAAAUGCAUCUGUAUGUGGGACCGAGAGAUUACUUGAUUCCUGCACAGCACUUCAAUUAUUAAAGAAAACCAACCAAGGUUACAGUAAUACAGAAUUGGCUGAUAAGUACUUGGUGUCUGAUAGUGAAUAUUCUCUGCAUGGCUAUGUCAUGCAUGCUAAUGAUCAUGUUUGGCCACUGUUCACACACCUGGAAUCUGCUGUCAAAGAGGGAACAAAUCAGAACCAUCGAGCUUUUGGGAAGAAAGCUCAGGACUUAUUUCAGGACUCCUAUUAUCACAGCAUGGAGACAAAACUACGUUUUAUGAAUGCCAUGCAUAGCAUAAUCAAGCUGACUGCAAGGGAUGUGGCCACAGCUUUUGACCUGUCAAGAUUUCGCUCUGCCUGUGAUUUGGGAGGCUGUACGGGAGCUUUGGCCCAAGUGCUAAUACAAGAAUACCCAAAUCUAAAAGUGACUGUAUUUGACCUUCCUAAUGUCAUUGAAAAUGUUUCUUGUUUUCAACCUACUGGACAAGACACCAGUCGAAUAACUUUCACAUCAGGUAAUUUUUUCGAAGAUAACAUCCCUGAAGCUGAUCUUUACAUCCUUUCAAGAGUCCUCCAUGACUGGCCAGAUGACAAGAUUGAUGCAUUAUUAAGUAAAAUUUCAGAUCUUUGCAAACCAGCCUGUGCCUUGCUAGUAGCUGAAAUUGUACUUGGCGAAGAGAAGAUAGACCCUCCAAGAGCUGUGCUGCAGUCUCUUAGUAUGACGGAAGGCAAGCAGAGGGUAAUGGAUGACACCCGGCUGGUGUGGCAUCUUGCAAUAUCAAAUACGUCAUAA